CAGUUUGUGAGUAAAAAUCCCACUGUCUUUCUGCUAAAGCUACAUAGCUGGUUGUUGGUGUUCGCUCCCCCCCUCCCUUGGGGGGGCGGGGUAAUGGGUGAAGAUACCACCCUUAGAGUUAAUAAAAAGGAGGGUCAUCCCUGUGUCCUGCCUCUUAGUCUCCGGCACCUCUGGAAGGAAGCUUCCUAACAAGGUAUGGCCGACGACAGAGCCCUCCUGGCAGCCCUAGCUGCUAGAGUCCAGGAAAACCCAGCUUUCCUAACAUCCCUCAUUGCUGGCUUGCAGGAGCCCCCUCCUGCUAUGCCUGCAGGGGACUCUUUAGUUUCUGGCCGCCCUAAACGGCGUACUAGAGCCCCAGCCAGACUCAGCUCUCCCUCCCUCCCUCCCUCCUCCACGUGUGAGAGGUUCAAAGCGGGGGUGCGCAGCCUCCAGCGUGUGUGCAGGAGUGUUAUCAGCUCAGCCUGCAGCACGUUUUGGUCUCCCGCCCCCUGCUUCUUUCAUUAACCCCCGAGCUCCCUCUGUCCCCUUGCCUGAGCUAGUGCCUAGUAACACUGCUAGUGUGCCCACAUCUGCUGUGAUCUCUGCCCCCACUCUGGCACUAAGUGCCCAGGCAUCCCAGGUCCCUGCAGCGCAGCAUACAGCUGCGCUCACCUGUGUUAAUGAGCGGGGUAGCGAUGUUUAAAGAGAGCUGGCCGGAGUGCAGUCAGUGCUUCCGGCAGCGUGGUCUGUGGCUCCGCCCCCCUCCAGUCCUCAGCAGUUUCCCGCUCCCUGGCAGGCAAGCUCCUCUCUCCUCAGCUCCCUGCUGCAGACUGUCAGCCCAGGGAUUAUGGGCAAUAGAAAUUCCAAUGUGUCAUCUGCAGAUGAGCCCAGGGAUGCCCCCUCUACCGAGGCACAGGCUCCUGGGAGUGCCAACAGUUGCACUAAUGCUCCUGCCAACCCACUCCCCCUACCCCCCAAUCCCACUCAGGCCACCCUGCCUGACUUUAUUGUAGCCAAUCCCACCACUUCCUCAUCGCUUAUGGCACAUUUAGGGCCCCCUACUGGGGUCUCUGCCCCUAUUGCGCAUAUGGGGGAACGCCCCAAUUCCAGAAGGUGCUCAUCUGAUGUAUCCGACCGCCGUUAUCGGCGCAGGUCGGCAGCUUGUCAUCCACGUUGUUCCCGUCAUCGUUCACGGUCUGCGCGGCGGUCCCACAGAAGUGCCCGCUCCAGAUCGUCUCGUUGGCGGUCACCUUCAUCAUCGGAGGUCAGCUCCUGCAGCGAUAUCGCUGGCAGGUCUCAUUCACGACGCAGAAGGGGUGCCCAUGCAUCAGCUGCACGGUCUUCUCGCGGGGCCAGCCGGGCCAGCGCGGUUCAGGAUCCGAAUCCUCCAAUCGCUCCAGUCGAACCUCCAGGUCCUUCUACUACUGGAGUUCCGGACCCUAGUGCCAGCAGCUUCACCGGAGGGCUCCAUGUGCCCGGCCCAUCUCUGGGACAUCCCGCUGAGCGAGUGACUCCUCUCAUCAGAGCCUCAGUGGCUCCUAGGCCCUGGACGGGUUAUGGUAAGGCCUGGGCUGGCUGGGUAGCGCUAGCAGGGACCCAUCUGGUCCAUUCCUCUGUGUCGGAUCGUCUGAGCGUAACCAUCGACUGUGCGGAAAGAGCUGUGCGGAAAGGCUGUGCGGAAAGAGCAUCGGCGCCCGGUUUCAUUUCAUCUACUGGUCCAACUGCUUCAGGCCUCGCAACAAGCUUGCCCUUCCCCGCAAGAAGUCUUGUUGUUUUGCGCUGCAUUUUGCCUUGCGUUUUUCUGAGCUUUUCGGAUAAGCGAGCUCCUCCCCCCUUCCAAGUUCCAGCCAGGGGGUGUUUUGCAAGAGGAUGUCCUUAUUACGGAUUCCUUGGUGCGCAUUCGCCUCCGCCGGUCAAAAAAACUGAUAUUUUGGCCGGGGUUCUAGCGUGUCGUUAUAUCGCAUUCCCGGCCCUGCUUGCCCAGUCGCGGCGACCUCGGAAUUCGCGGCAUCUCGCCCUCCAUGCCCCUUUUUUUUUAUGCCAUGCAACGUCCUCCCCUCUCACCCGCUUUCAACUUUGCUCGGUUUUCCGGCGCUGCUUAACUGUCCUCGGUUGCCUGCCGGGGAUUAUGGGUCACAUUCUUUCAGGAUUGGCGCGGCGACGGAGGCUGCCAGGGCGGGGUUACCUGAUGCUGAAGUGCAAUGUAUUGGUCGCUGGAAGUCUAAUUGUUUUGUGUCUUAUGUCCGCCCUGACUUGCUUUAAUUUUCUUGCAGAUUCCCCUCGACCCACGGUCUGUUUUGUGGGGCAUUCGUACCUGUUCUGGGCUUGUCAGAGAGCUGAAUCAAGACCCGGCGGUCGGUGCCUGGGUUUCCAGAAUGUGGAAGUCAUUUGGCGUGGCCUUCGCUGGUCGCAGGUUUUGCCGGAAACGGUUCACCUCAGCACGCUUGCACGCUCCCCUGUGAUUCUGGUAAACCAUGCUGGGGGUAAUGACCUCUGCUUGCUGAAAGUAGCAGGGCUCAUUACCCUCAUUAGAGCGGAUUUGGAAAGAAUUCCUACUUUCUUUCCCGAAGUGGUUAUUGGAUGGUCUGAGAUGAUCCCCAGGGUCACUUGGCAGGGUGCGAGGGAUUCCGGUUCAAUUGAGAGGGCCAGAAGGUCCAUUAAUGCUAGAAUAUCCCGUUCUGUUCGAUCCCGGGGUGGAGUAGUUAUUCGCCGCUACCAGCUGGAGGGUGACGACCAGCGUUUGAUGCGGCCCGGUGGUGUGCACCUCAAUGAUAUUCGCUUAGACAUUUUCCUCUCUGGCCUGCAGGAUGGGGUUAAGCAAGCCUUGUUUUUGCUGGGUGGGGGUCGGAGUGCCGUGUAGAGGUACACGGGCUCCUCCGUGGAGGUCGGAGGAUUACAAGAGUUACAACGGAGGGGAAGGCGGACUUGCGCACCAAUGUUUGGUGUGGCAUAGCGCUUCUCGCACUCCGGGGACCGGCUUUGGGCCGGGCAGUUUAUAGUUGAUGGUUAUUCUCAAAGGAUUGAGUCUAAAAUAAUGAAUAAGAAUAAAGCUGUGACCGACCUUCCACCCACAAAAAUUUGGCUGUUAGUGUCGUUUUUCCAGGCAGAGAGACAGGAGUUUGUGUGAGGUGUGUCAGUUGUCU